AUGGAACUACCCGAAGUUGUGUCGGUAAGAAAAUUCAAGGAGUUAGCCCCCGAGCAAAAGGAUGAAGUUUAUGAAACCAUUUUGGAAUUGGCCAGAGUCAUUGAUGACUUACCCAAGAAGUCGUUACGCAAAACUUUGGAUUUAACCUUGGCCAUAUUGGCAUACAAGGGCCAGCAAGUCAAAGAGCUGGAAGCGGAGCUAGAUGACAAGGAUCAGGGAAGUUUGGAGUCGCACAACGACCGUUUGGUGGAUGAAAAUGAAAAACUGAAACGCAUGAUUAGCGAUUUGGAGGAUGAGCGUUUGGAGUAUAAAAGGAAAAUCAAAGAGCUAACCGAAGAAAUGUUUUCCCUGCAGAAGAGAUUGCAAGAGGCAGCCAAUGCUGAGGGCAGUGACAAGGACUCAUCCGAUCCCUUAUCGGAAUUGGAUAAACAGGAGACCCUGCUGCGUAAUAUCAACACAAAAAAUAAACACAUUAAACGUCUGCUAAGGGAAAUUGAGUCUUUACAAAAUCAAAAUAUCGAACAAUCCAAAACAAUAUUGACCUUAGAGAAGGAUUUACAACACAGCAAGGAGUCCGUGAUGAAACUCAAGGCGGAUAUCACUUUGCUGCAAAGUGAAAACUCGGCCCACAAAGAGAACAUUGAAGAAUUGAACAUCGAAAUUAAGCGCCUGGAAGGACAGGUGACCUAUUUAGAAGAUGAGCGUGACAAAAGUGAGGCAGAAGUAAAGGAAUUUGUGGACAAAUUGGAGAAAAAGGCCAUGGCAUGGAAGAAAAUUAUCGAUGAAAAAGAUCGGCAAUUGAGAAAACUCAAGGAGAGAAGUGAGCGACCCGAAGAUGCGGAAAGCGUCAGAAGCAGUAGUGAGGCCACCAAGGAGAGUGAGGUCACAAAUGAGCAGGAGGAGAGAUCACGAUUGUUGCAUUCCCUCGAAUGCCGUGACAAACUCAUCGAACAACUGGAAUUAAAAAUAAAAACAAUGGCCGAAGAAAUGAUUGCCUCCACAAAGCUAAUGAAUAAAAUCACUGCCGAGCGGGAACACGAACGCAAUCCGAAUAAUCCCCGACCUUGCUGCAAAACCAUUGAAAUGGCUUUGAAGACCAGUAACGAUAAGGUACGGGAACUUACCGAAAUGUUGGAGCGGGCCGAAGAAGAAUGUUGCUUGAAAGCUAAACAAGCUUUGGAAGCUUCCAAUGCUUUGACGGCCUAUCAAAAAGGUGAAGAUGGUUUGAUGACUGCCUUAAGGAAAUGUUCCUCGCUGGAGAAUAAAUUACAAUCGCGUGACAAACAAAUUAGGGCCUUAGUUAUGGAGCUAAAUUCUCUACAUGAAAUAGCUCAGGAGAAUACGCUGCUGAGGAAACGUCUCAAUAUUCCCGAGGAUGUGAUAAUAACAACGAAAAAUCUCACCGCAAAAGAGAGAAAUAAAGAGAAAAUGAUUGAAAAGCUGACGUUGAAAUUGAGAGCUUCGGAGGAGAUGCGAUUGCAGCUGAAAAUGGAGAAGUGUGAUUUGAGAAAGGAAUUACUGGAACUCCAGCGUCAGCUAAAUAUUAGCCCUGAGGCCCGGACCAUAUCUGAGAACCCUACACUUACCACCACUGAACCAAAACGGGAAGAGCAACGUGCCGAAGUACCCUUACCCAAAUCUCCCAAAAUUACACCAAAGCGUAGAAAUAGUUCCGCCACACACCACAACGAUGCUACCAGAGAAAUUGGCGAAGUCGAAGAUUCUUCGAAUUCCGCAGAUGCCUCGUUGAUGGUUACCGUUUGCAAUCAAUGUAAUGGCAAUAUGAGAAUUGAAAUCCAGGACCAAACUACCAGAGACAUGGAUCUUAAGUAUCAGGAAGCCUUGGAGGAAAAUGAAAUCUUGAGGCAGGGCAUGUUGGAGAUUUUGGAGAAACUGAGAGAAUAUGAUGAUUGUUCCGAUAAUAUUACCAUAAAUGAUCUGCUACUCGAACGUUUAAUUAGAGCAUUGAAAUUGUCCAACUCUUCCCGAAAUUCUCCCAAACAUUUACAUAAUGAACUGCAACUGCUGAAGGAGAGAGAAAAGGCGCUGGAAGAGAGAUUAACAGGGCAUAUACCACAAAUCACCCAGCAGGAAAUGGUGGUGACAAAUGAUCAAGAGGAAAAUCCCAAUUCAGAAGAUCUUAAAUCUCUGGAAAGUCUACGUGAGGAGGGUGAAAUAAAGUCUCUACAGGAAUCAUCACCUUUACAAUUACCCCAAUAUCUGGAUAGUUCCACAAGACCCACCACACCCAAUAAAAGUAUAAAUAUACCAAAUAUACAAACACCACGAGAACCCCUGGACACUGAAGCUCAACGGCAACAUGAACUGGAUUUGGAUGAAAUGAAAAUCUAUAAAAAAUAUUAUGAAGAGCUACAGUUGCACAUGAAGGCCAGUGAGGGGGAUCUCAUGCAAACAUGUGCCCAACUUACCGAUAAAGUUGUCAAUUUGGAGAGGGAUUUAUCAAGGGAAACCAAAAGUUCCGCUUAUAUGCGUCAGGAUUUCGAUACAACUUUAAAUAAUUUGAAAAAUCUUGAACUACAACUAAUCGACAAGGAAACUAACUACAAAUUGGAAAUUUCCGCAUUGAAAGCCACAAUUGAAAAACUGGAACACGAAUUGGAAUAUCACAAAGCAAAUUUCAGUUACAACCAAGAAGAUUACAAUGAUUUGCAAAAAUCUCUACAACAAAGUCAGACACAAUUGGCCCAGCUCAUCAAAGAGGUGUUGGCGGGGAAAUAUGGCAACGAUUUGAAAAUACCCGAUAUGUGUAUGGAUUAUGGUAUUAUCCAGGAUGAUUUACAAUUAUCCUUUGUCACACACCAAGAAUUUGAAAUACAAAAACAGACACUUAAAGAAUUUGAGGCUCAGCGUUCGGAACUGCAAAGGAAAAUAUCCCAGUUGGAAUCGUUACUUGAAAUUGCUCAAGAUCAAAUAAGUUCACAACAAAAGCUGCUAAAUGAUAUAACCGAUAAUCACAUUAAUUUACGGCAUCUGGUGGCCGAUUUGCAAAGCUCAACGGAGGAGAAGUUGUUAAUGGCGAAAAUUCAAAGGGAUUUGGAUGCGGCCAAAUCGGAAAUCAACAACCUAAAACAUGAACGUGAUACCCUAAAGCUGCAGGCCAACACCCUACAACAGGAUCUCAUAAGUCGUGAGAAUGCCAACAAGGAUUUGACACACAGCUUCCAAAUUGAACGCCAAAAUGCCAACAUUAAAAUCAAAUUUUUACAAAAAUCUCUAAAUUGUCUCCGUGAAAAAUAUGCCAAAUUUACACCGCUUGUCUUCCUCACCAAUUUUGUAUUUUCCUAUAAUAAAUUUCUGCAAAGAACUUCGAAUCCCAAUUCUCCUCUUAAAAAGGAUAAUAGGGAAGAUAUUCAACAAAUCGUGGAUACAGUAUUGGAAGAACUUCUACAGGAGAAAAUUGGACACAUGGAGGCUAAUCAACAAUUAAUUAAGCUCGUCAAAUCGGAAACCCAAUGUAAACUAUACGAAGAUCAAAUAAAACAUCUCGAAAAGAAAUGCUUCGAUCUGGAAAAAGAUCUUCAGGAAAUGAAAAUACGAAUGGCUACAGAAUCCGAACAUUGGCAUACUAUCGAAGCAUUAUUUGGCAAGGAUAAUGGUAACAAAGAAAAUGAUGAGGUAGAUGAGAAGGAAAAAACUUUCAAGGAAGAACAAAUCUCCACCAUGGAAAUUGGUUGCAACACAGAACCUCUGAUUACAUCACCGCCCAUACCAGCCGAACGAAAACUUUCGGCCAAAUCGAGACGAAGAUCCUCUAUUGAAAUGAUAGAUCGGAAUCUAUCACCCAUACAAACACCCACAAAGCGAGUCAUAAAAGAAGUGGGUACACAAACAGAAGACUUGAACAAUCAGGCUAAGAAAGUAGAUAUUGAAAGUCCUGCCAAGGAAGAAAUAAAACCGAAGAGUCCCGAAAAUAGGAAGACACCAACUUCAACUUGUGAAGUAGAGAUUCAAACUUGCGUGCCACCAUUGGAAUCGAAAACAGUACAAACUCUUGAAAAUGAUGCGAAGGAUAUGGAGAAAGAAUCUAAGGAGAGUCCCAAGGAAACGGAGCUAAAGGGAGCCUUAAUGAAAUUACAAACAACGGAGGAAAGUCUGUCGGAAGCCCAGCGGCAAAUAGAAGAUUUAAAAACCCAACUGAAAUCCUUGAACAACUCUCAAGAAGCCCAAACACCACCUUCAGCAGCCACUGAACAAAGUAUGCCUAGCCUUCAAUCCGAUGUUAUUGAGAAAACAAUUUUAUCCUUCCACACUUUAUUGAGUGAAAAGGACAAAUCGAUUGGAAAAUAUCAGGACCUACUGCAAGCCGAACGUGAACAGGCCCACCUGAAUGUUGGCAAACUCACAGGAGAGAUUGAUGGCCUUAAGAAUACCAUCACAAAUCUAAAUUUCAAUAUUAAAACCAAAGAUAUUGAAAUUUUGGAAUUGAAAACGCAAUUGGAAACAUUAACGGAGCGUCGCAAUUCAAAUGAGAAAUUGGAAUUGGCAAGAAGCGUUCCUGGCCCUGAGGAAAAUGUCGAUAAUAGUCUGCAUGAAAUGACUGAUGAAAAAAUUGAAGAAUUAUUUGAAGAGAAUUUAAGUCCUACGGCGGGACCAGCUUCUCCUGUAAAAGUAGCUCAGGCAUCCGUCACGGAGAAACAUGAAUUGGAAGGUGUCAAAGAUAUACCCGAAAACUAUUCAAAACAAUUGAGAGAGCUAAAGGAGAAGGCCAGCUAUUGGGAGAGCACACUGAAAGUGAAGGAGGAUGAGAUUGCAAUUUUGAGAGAAAAAAUUCGCCUACUGGACGAGCGUGAUAAGACCCCGGCAAAUAAUAAUCUGGAAAUUGAACAGCUAAGAUCCCUGCUGGAGGAAAAAGAUCGUCACAUCAAUGAACUAAUGGACACAUUAAAUAAUUUCCAUGACGAUCAGCAACGUUACAUCAAUGAUUCCUCCAAUUAUUCAGCCGAUCAAAUUGCCAAACUGGCCAGUGACUUGACACGCACAGAGGCCACCAAUAAAAUCUAUCAAACUCAAGUGGAGGCAAUGCGCAAACAGUUGGCCAAUUUGGCCCAGCGCGAGAAACAGGCACGGGAAUUAAAUCAAUCUCUGCGACAGCAGCUUAUCAAACGACCCGUGGUAUCCAUUAAAACGGAGCUAAAUGCCCGUGUCAAAAAUGAAAAUUUGCAAAAGCGCCUUCAGCAACUGGAACUCGACCUGGAGGAGGCAAGGGCAGAAAUUCAAAGACAGAAGGCGAUAAUUGAAAGCAAAAGGGCACGCAGCGCCAAUGAGGUGGGCCUGUGGGAGAAACAAAAACGUUGGCAGCAAAGUGCGGAAAAAUACAAAGCCAAGCUGGAGGAAACUGAAGUCAUGUUGGAAAAGACCCGAAGCCUGUUGCAAUCGGCUCGCACCACUAUAAAUCGUCUGGAAAAAGACAAACAAAUCUUGGAGGCCAAGUUGAGUCGUUUCACCCAGCAGCAUGUUCAAAAUUCGAUGAAAUGUUGUCGCACACCCUCGUGUCCCAAUCUACAUCAUCACGGCUCACCGGGACAUGGCAGCAGUGGUGGCGGUGGUGGUGGAAAAUAUACCCCCUCAGAAAGUCCUGAAACAUACACGGGGGCCAGCAGUGAAUGUAGUUCUCCGGGACGUUGUUCGUCCAUUCAACAGCCAUGUGGGAAAACACAUUUUUCGCCAUCCGCUUCUGUCCAAGAGGCUCAUGAUGAAAUUAUACAGGCCCUCAAGGCUCGCAUUGAAAUGCAACAACGGAAAAUAUUGGCCUUGGAACUGGAGGGUAAAGGUAGCAAUGCCUUGACCACAGAAAUGGAAAAACUUCAAGAGAAACUUUCCGCCAUUGAGGCACAAAAUAUCCGGUUGGAGGCUAAGAAUUUACAGCUGCAAUUGGACAAUGAUUUGCUGAGGCAGGGUGAUGGCACCGAACGUCUGCAAAAGAGAAUAAAACAUUUGGAAGACUAUAUAAUUGCCCUCAAAGAAGAAAGAGCUUCCUCCGAGGCUCGACGGGAACUCUGCAAAUGCAAUGGCCUUAAGGUAAAUAUACAAUCGGGACAAUCUGCCGAACACACUAUAAUAUCUUUGAGAAAUAUUGUCGAGAAAUUAAAAGCCGAAAAUAAAUAUCUAAAAGAUGGCCGUAGAUCCUGCGAAUCCAGGAUUUCCAUGGACAAUUCUGGGCCUGAUUCAGCACGUCUACAACAAAUGUAUAGCGAAUCAAUGGAUAAAAUUGCAACGCUACAAAUGGAAUUGAAACAACAACAGCAACAAAACAAAUGUCCUCAUUGUGAGAAUAAAAAUAAAAUUCUAGACAAUCCAUCAUCCUUGACGUCGUCAUCGCUGCAAGAUGAAUUGCAUUAUGUUAAGGGACAAUUGAUUAAGAAGACACAACUGCUGCAAAAGGCCAAAGUCCUGCUGACACGUGCCGCUGCCAAGGAAAAAGUUUUGAAAGAACAAUUGUCGAUGUGGAAACGUAAAUGUUCGGAGCUGCAAAAUGUACCGGUGAUUGAUGAAAUUAGUGAAUAA